AUGAAGAAGAUUAAGAAAAUUAAUGAAGAGGCCUGGAAUUACCUGAACAAGUGGCCUAUGGAGUCGUGGACAAAGUCAGCAUUUAGUCAUGUUCCUAAACUUGAUAAUAUCUGCAAUAACGCUUGCGAGGUUUUUGAUGCAAGAAUUAAGGAAGCAAGGGCCAAACCAAUCAUCACGCUACUUGAGGAGGUCAAAAUGUUUGUCAUGAGACCAAUCGCUAAAAACAAAGUUAAGUUAUCCAACCAUGUGGGAAAGCUACCACCAGUGGUUCAAAGUAGGUUGGACAAGAUCAGGAAGGAGUCUAAAAGUUGGAUGCCAAUCUGGACUGGGGAUGAUAAGUAUGAGAAGUUUGAAGUGUAUGGUCAUCCAACUAACAUGGUAGUGGAUUUGGGCAAGCGACUCUGCACAUGUCAAUUUUGGAUGCUAACAGGAAUGCCCUGUGUGCAUGCGUGUGCAGCACUCGCUAGGGUGAAUAAGAAACCUGAAGAUUUCUGUCAUAAGUGGCUCACCAUGGAUGCAUAUAGAGACACUAAUGCACAUUAUGUAAAUCCAUUGCCUGGACAAUCUCUUUGGAAAAAAUCUGAGCAGAAUAGACCACAAGAUCCAAAGAAAAAGAAGAAGACUGGACCACUAACAAAUAAAAGGAGAAAGAAUGCAGAUGAGGGUAAUGGAGGAAGCAAGAAAUCUAAGGUGACUGGGAUUCUAAAGAGACAACUAAAACCAUUUACUUGCAAAUACUAUCUACAAAAGGGGCACACAAAGAGGGGUUGUCAAAAAAAGAGAGCAGCUGAUGUUGCUCAAGCUCUUGCAGAUGCAGUUGCAGCUGCAGCUGCUGCUAACACAAAGCCCACUGCACAAGAAAAUGUUGUUUAA